GUAAACUGCUGUGUUUGGAUCCAUUCAUAGGAGACGAUGGGUUAGUAAGGGUGGGUGGACGACUACACCACUCACAGUUGCCAUACAGUCAAAAGCAUCCAAUUGUUCUACCGCACCACCACCACGUAUCCAGAAUGCUAAUUAAUGAAGCACAUCUUCAAACGUUGCACGGUGGGAACAAGUUGACAAUGGCAGUCGUAAGGCAGAAGUAUUGGAUUUUGGGAUUAAAAAGAAUGACAAAAUCUAGCAUCCGCAACUGUGUUAAAUGCAUACGGUAUAAGGCAGCCACGGCAUCACAGAAGAUGGGACAGUUACCAGAACCCAGAGUAACUCCGUCUCAAACCUUCAGCCAUACUGGUGUCGACAUGGCAGGACCAAUACAAGUAAGGACUACGAAAGGCAGAGGGAAUAAAGCUACAAAAGGCUAUAUCGCAGUAUUUGUCUGCCUUGCAACAAAAGCCAUACACCUAGAACUGGUAGGAGAUUUAUCCACAGAAUCAUUCAUUGCUGCGUUGAUCAGAUUUAAAGCAAGACGUGGCCACAUAUCACAUAUAUACAGCGACAACGGAAGAAAUUUCGUAGGUGCAGCAAGGAUGCUACACACGCAACUAUUAGAAAUCAUGCAAUCACCGCACGUCCAAAAUGCCGUAACUACGAUGGGAACACAAUGGCAUUUCAACCCACCCCUCGCACCUCACUUUGGUGGGAUUUGGGAGGCAGGAGUCAAAGCAAUGAAGUAUCAUUUGAAGAGAGUAAUAGGAGAGUCAACAUUAACAUACGAAGAAUUAUCCACGCUCUUGAGCCAGGUAGAGAGCUGUCUGAACUCAAGACCCCUUUGCGCACAAAGUGAUAACAUCAAUGACAACACCGUAUUAACACCAAGCCAUUUUCUCAUUGGAAGAGAGGCAGUGGGCAUCCCUGAUCCAAUAAAUGAUGUUAGCACAAACCUUCAACAGCGAUGGAAAUUGAUUCAAAAAAUGAAAAAAGAUUUCUGGAAAACAUGGAGUAGAGACUAUUUACAUCAACUACAGCAGAGGUAUAAGUGGCAACUAGAUCAAGGAAAUAUUAACAAAGGAACCGUGGUUCUAAUAAAAGACGAAAACGUUACACCGAGUCAAUGGCCAUUAGCAAAAGUGAUAGAAACACACCCAGGAGCUGACGGGAAAACAAGAGUGUUAACAUUACAAAAAGCACCUGGAAAUUGUUUAAAAAGGGCAAUCCAUAAAGUAAUUCCACUACCCAACAACAAGGAAGAUAUAACAGAGACUCAACAGGUCGUCGUCAACAGCAAUGUAGCACAACUAACACCAGUCAAUGCUACAUCAGAUCAAUCAAACAGAACCGUUACAAAAGAAUCACGAAGACAAAGCAACAAACGCACAGGUAGAAAAUACCCUUGGACAUUGUUCAUAACCCUGUUUACCUGUUUUAUAAAUAUGACAACAGCAACUUACACAAUAAAAAACAUCAACGAAGGAAUUUACGUGGAACACGUAGGGUCAGCGACAAUCGACAGAGGAAUAUUCCGGAUUCAAACCAAUUACGAAAAAAGUAAAAUAGGGAGAGAUGUUGAAGAUAUUCGAGGAAUCACCGCACAAUUCAAACAUUACUGUGACGCAGUAACAAAAACUAAUACGGAAAUUCACUGUGCCCAAUUAUAUCACCAGUUGUAUGAAGGGCAAGAAAGACUAGAGGAAAUCACUAAUCUGAUCUUGAAUAUUGGACAAAUCAGAAAAAAAAGAGGAUUAUUCGGCCAAAUGUUGACGUCAAUAUUCGGGGUAAAUGACGAGGUCUACAAAGACAUAGAUACGUUACAAGGGAACCAAAACAAGCUGAUAGAGGCCGCCAAUCAUCAAACCAAAUUCAUGAUAUCAACCAUCGCAACAGUCAACCAAACAGAAGAAAGAAUAGUAAAGAAGCUAGAAACAUUUCAGACCAAGUUAAAUCAAGCAAUACAAUAUAUGAAUAAUGUGAACAAAUGGUACAAAAGAAUAGAUAUCAAUCGCGUAAACAUCAACAUUCUUCACAUGUAUCAACUCGCAGCACACUACAUAGAUGAGGUUAUAGAACACUACGCCAGACUUCAAGAAGCAUAUUUACAUCAAGGAACGAUCUAUGAUGUACUACAACUUAAAGAAGUUAACCAAAUUCUGACAAACGCCAAUAGCAAGCUACCAACGAAGCUAAGAAUAGUGCAAAAUCAACUAAUAGAUACGAAGGUCACAGAAAACUCAACAUACAUAAAAGUAUAUGGGUAUUUCGCAUUACAAGAUAUAACUAAAUACACUUUGAUUCACGUGACACCAGUACCAAAGCAAGAUAAAAAAGGAAAAGUAUACAGUUUAGAAGUAUAUCACAACAUAAUUGCGAUCGAUUACAAUAAUGAAAAUUACUUCGAACUAGAGACAGAAGAAUUUAAAGCAUGCCUCAGAAAGAAUACCGAAUACAUUUGUUACCCGACAUCAGUAAAAAAUAUGCAGGAGAAUAAGAAUUGCAUUAUUGAUCUAUUAUUUAAGGGAACUGAGAUGGUCAACUGUAACACGAGAGAACUGAACCUAACAACAACUGUAUGGAAACAAUUAUAUAUGCCAAACACUUGGCUAAUCAUGACAGCAGAGUCAGUAAAAGCGUCAAUCAUUUGCGAUGGAGAAAGAGAAGAAAUUAUGAUCCAGAACACAACUGUCAUCCAUAUUGCAGAAAACUGUAUUAUCAAAACAAGAAGAAACAUUCUAGCAGCAAGAAGAGCUAACUCAAUAUCGGUGUUAGCAACGUUCUCAAGACAAGCCAACUUUUCAUUGAAUACAAACGAAACAACCAAUCAAAUAGAAGAUUUAACCAGAGAUGAGGAAGUUCUUGACAGCUCCAGAGACAUAUUUAAACAUCUCACUAGUAACGAAAAUUUACUCCAAAAACAAUUAGACAAUACAAUUUGGAAACAGAUACAAAAUAACUCAGUAGCAAUCAGUCUCGGUUCGUCAUUAGCAGUCUUUAGUUUAAUGAUACUAACAGUUUGUUAUGGUCCACAGGUCCUGGUACAGAUCCGUUCCUGCACAACCAGUCCGCAGUCUGCUCCGCUGCCCGCCGCCCCCGCCAGGUCGGCUCCACCGAAACCCAAGCGCCACAAAACAAACCCGACGAACAACAGCAGCCAGUUUGAAGAAAUAGAGUUACGUCCGAUACAGCCGCUGUAAAGCAGCUUCCCAUCACUCCCGCUGCCGUCGAGAGUCGCCAGGAUGUUUAGACAAACAGAUUUCGUCAGCGCAUCGCGCUGAUCCGCGCAAAUCAAUCUAGGGCAUAAGCCAGCACAAACAUAGUGUAGUAGUUGCACUUUACACGGAUGGAAUACAAAUAAGAUUUACAUAUGUGUGCUAUAGGUAAUAUUGUGUAUAUAAGGAAAUAUAAUUUGUAAAUAAAUCAGAUACCAAUUGUC